UUAAAAAUGUCUGAAAAUGUCGUCUUUAGUUCCGCGACAAAGUCCAUCAUAGAGACCGUCAUUAAAGCCGCAAUUGAUGAGCCAAAUGUGAAACGGGAGCUGGUAAAUGACGCGUUACCGCUUUCCAGUGAUGUGGAGAUUGUACUGCCGAUGAAGAUAAGCCAUCUAAUUCAGCUCUAACUAACCAAGUCCUGGAUUUAGUAAAAACUGACUAAAUGGAGGAGAAGCAGCUUUUGGCUCCAGCUGCUCUAGUGUGUGACUCAGUGGUUUGUGUUGAAAACAACAACAACAAGAAGAGAAGAUGCCACAAAAUGCCCCUCACAAAGCUGAAAAAGGGUUUCUGUUUUUAUCACAUGAAAAGUUGACUAUUUUACAGUAAAAAAUAGAUAUAAAGAAGAAUAAAGGAAAGGAACAUUUAGAAAUUAAUUCAUGACAUACAUGUAUGUCCUAUUUAAUUAUAAUGUGUUUAAUUGAAUAAUUAUAUUUAUCAGCUCUGUAAACUUUCAUUUAGUUAAUCAUACAUUAAUCAUGGAUUAUUUAUUACUUAUUUAUGUAAACAUUUAUUUCUACAUUUUAACUGGGUCUCCUUACUGUUCUCUUUACUAAGAAACAUCUAAAUAUAUGACAUCACUAUAUUUUUAUUGAGGCAUUAUUGUGAUGUUCCUUUUUCCUGUGGAAGUGGUUUUACUGGCCGGCCUGGAACCGGGGACCUUUCCCCCGCUCAUCUAUUGGUUGAUGAUUGUGUUACGUCACUGAGACUUGAGAUAAUAUCAAACAGGUUUGAUAUGAUCCAAACCAAGACUAGGAAAAGACUGAUAUGAAACAGAGCAGAUUACUGCCUUAAACUUAACCAUGGAGAUGACGGGAUCGCCGUGACUCCAGUAAAACUCCUAUAUUUACUAAGGAACUGGGGACAUCUGUUGGUGGAAGCCCAGCAUUAGUUUGGUUGUUAUCCACUAAUUUAUCAGAAGUUUAGAUUCAACCUUGAAAGAUUUAUAUGGGCAUUUAAAAGACAGAUUGUGUAUGGCAGUACAUGUAUGUGUGUCCACCAUAAAUACAUUUGACACUUCCUAAUAGAUGAUUUAUAAUAAACUGUGCUGACUGCUUUAUGUUAAUCCUCACAGACAGAUUUUGACAGUUUUGUGGAAAUGUUGGUACGGGAGGCAAUGAGAAAGAUCCAUGCCAUUUUCUCCCAACUGUCCUCUGUGCUGCAAAACGAAAACAAGAGUCUGAAGGCCGAAGUGGAGCGGCUGGAGAGCGAGCUGAACACGACGACUGAAGACUUUCAGAACGCCAGAACAUGGAGAGAAAAUGUCCUGAACGGCUGUCCGGUCCUGUUUGAGCAGAGCGGCUUGCUCUGUACGUUGAAGCCUUUUGGGAAGUUGAAAAGAAACACAGAUGAACUAACAGAGGCAGAAACAGAAACAGCUGCUGCUGCUGCUGGGAUGGAGAGUGUUUUCAUUUCUGGUUCAGAUGAUGGAGAGGCAACGAAGGACGUGUUAUCACCAGCUAACAGACAAGACGCUGCAGCAGUUUGUACCCAAACAAACACAGCAGAAUCCAAAAAUGCUGAGGGCCAAGUCAGAGCGAGAGGGAAAGUCUUUGUGUGUGACGUCUGCAACAAGAGCUUCAACCGACAGUUUCAUCUAAAGAAGCACAUGAACUCUCACAAAGAACAGAGGCCGUUCUCCUGCGACCAGUGCCCCAGAAAAUUCAGGAAUAUGGAAACUUUUGAGUAUCACCUUCUGCGGCACGAGGAGAUGAAGUACGAUACGUUCAAGUGUCAGACCUGUGAGAGGACGUUUAAAACAAAUAUGCAGCUGAAGACGCACCAGCUGGUUCACACAGACGUCAGGCCGUUUAUCUGCUCCACUUGUGGGAAAGCCUUCAAAACCAAACGCAACCUGCACGCUCACCAGGUCGUUCACACAGUGGAAAAGCCACACAAAUGCAGCGUGUGCGGGGAAGGUUUCAGGUACGCCUUCACGCUGCAGUGCCAUCAAAGCGUUCAUACCGGCGAACAUCCUUACAAAUGCACCGUGUGUGGCAAAGCUUUCGUAAAGAAGAGGUCGCUGAGGACGCACCAGUCGGUCCACAGAGGGAAAACGUUCACAUGUGAGACAUGUGGAGCGGGUUUCACCCUGCAACACAACCUGAAGAGACACAUCCGCAUUCACACAGGUGAGAAACCGUUCACAUGUAAAGUCUGCGGGAAGAGUUUCAUUCAGGACAACAAGCUGAAAGCUCACAUGCUUCUUCACGGUGCCUCAAAGUCGUUUAUGUGUGAUCUUUGCGGAAAGACGUUUCUUUACAACUGCCAGCUGCAGAAACACCAGAAAGUAACUCACGAUGAGAGACAAGGGCAGAUCGUCAGACGAAGAACUCCAGAUCGAGCUCACCGCAGAGUCAUCUGUCGGCAGGACAGAACCACGAUAGACGUGACGCCGUUUAGCUGCAAGACCUGCCGCAAGGGCUUUGACACCGCGAGUUCCCUGAAGAGACACGAGCUCAUUCACACGGGUCCGAUGCAAUACAACUGCGACAAAUGCGGGAAGUCUUUCUUCUACAAAGCGACGUACGACUACCACCAAAGGAUUCACUCUGGAGAACGACCGUUUGGUUGUGACGUGUGCGGGAAGAGGUUCAUCAUCCUUCAGGCUCUCAAGUCCCACAAACUGCAGCACUCUGGAGAGAAACCGUACAAAUGUGAGCAGUGCGGAAAGGCCUUCAGGAUCUACACAAACUACCGCAGACACCUACGGGUCCACACGGGGGAGAAGCCGUACGAGUGUGAGGUUUGUGGAGUGAGGUUCAGGCAGCUUGGACACGUCAAGUUUCACAUGCAAGUUCACACGGGAGAGAAGCCGUACUACUGCAGCAGCUGUGGACUCGGAUUCUCAGACUCAAGGCUGCUCAAGAGACACAACUGUGCUGAGAAAUGUCAGAAAAUGUAAGGAAGCACAGUAACCACAUUCUGAAACUUUUUUAUAUUCAUCCCUGUGGUAGAGCUAAAAGUUCCUUUAACUUGAACCAAAACCACCAAACACUUGUAUUGAAACUCCAAACAGAUAAAUUCAGUUUAAAUAAAGGUUUUCAAC